AGGGUUUGCAGAAAAGAGGUUGAUCAACGAGUCCAGGAGUCCAGGAGUCCAGGAGUCCUGAUUCCUGCCUGUUAGCUCUCCUACUUCAGCCCUGAGCCCUGUCAUCAUGCCUAGAGGGCAAAAGAGUAAGAGACGCUCCCGUGCAAAACGACAGCAGGCACGCAGUGAGGACCAGGGUCUCCCAGCAGUUCAGCCUACUGCAGAGGAAGCAGAAUCUCGUCCUGUUGUCCAGAGUGAUGACUCCAGCUUCCCUGUUGGUUCUGUUCCUCAGGGGGUGAAAACCCUCGAGUUUCCUGGUGCAGGUGCAUCCUGCACAGGCUCUGGUGUAGGUGUUAGAAAUGUUGCUGUUUUUACUGAGAAGAAAGGCCUAGGUGUCACCCAGUCAGGGAUCUCCAUUCAGCACACAUUUAAAGAGCCUAUCAUGCGGAAGGCUAGUGUGCUGAUAGAAUUCCUGCUAGAUAAGUUUAAGAUGAAAGAGCCAGUUACCCGGAGUGAAAUGCAGGCAGUAGUCAAUAAGAAGUAUAAGGAACAGUUCCCUGAAAUCCUCAGGAGAACUUCUGCGCGCCUAGAACUAGUCUUUGGUCUUGAGUUGAAGGAAAUAGAUCCUAGCACUCAAUCCUAUUUGCUUGUGGGCAAAUUGGGUCUCUCCACUGAGGGGGGUCUGAGUAGCAAUUGGGGAUUGCCUAGGACUGGUCUCUUGAUGUCCAUCCUAGGUGUGAUCUUCAUGAAGGGGAACCGUGCCACUGAGCAAGAGGUCUGGCAAUUUCUAAAUGGAGUGGGAGUAUAUGCAGGGAAGACACACUUAAUCUUUGGGGAGCCCGUGGAGUUCAUAAACAAAGAUCUAAUACAGGAAAAUUACCUGGAGUACCGCCAGGUGCCUGGCAGUGAUCCCCCAAGCUAUGAGUUCCUGUGGGGUCCCAGAGCCCAUGCUGAAACCACCAAGAUGAAGGUUCUGGAAGUUUUAGCUAAAGUCAGUGGCACUGUCCCUAGUGCCUUCCCUAAUCUCUACCAGUUGGCUCUUAGAGAUCAGACAGCAGGACCAAGAAGGACAGAUAUGGGUAUGGCUGGCACUGUUUCUAGAGGUGGUGUUUAG